GUUUGCCUCGCUCAUAUGCCAUUCUCUUGCAACUAGCGGUUACAUCAUAGAUGCUAUGACGUCAACACAUGCUCUACCAAACGACUCCUCAUCACCGCGAUAAGCAGCAAACCUGGAGGCGCGAGAGAAGUUUGGCGCGAUGAAGACACCGUUGCCUGCAGGCCUCAAAUCAGUCCGCGGUGGGCAAUAUAGGAGAUCUAGAGGACUGCGCAUCCGUGACUGCCACCAAUGCAGUCUUUACUGAGAACGUCCACCGCGUCAUUGCGACCAGCCAUCCUCCGGCAAGGCCUCCGUGGGUAUGCGUCAGAAGCCGCCCCCGCGAAGAAAAAUAGUGCUCUGCCCAUGACCCUCGCUCUGGGGGGUCUGGCUGGGCUAGGACUCUAUACCUAUCUUAGUCGGACUGCGCCGCCUCUUGAGCCUAAUGUCCUCAAGCCGGACGAGUUCAUCCAGCUGCCCUUGAAGAAAAUCAUUCCCUACAACCACAACUCGUCAACCUUCAUUUUCGAACUUCCUGCUAACACCUCCUCGAAGCUCCCUGUCGCGUCUUGUCUCGUAGUCAAAGCAAGCGACCCUGAGGCUCUCAAGGAUAAAAAGGGCAACCCCGUCAUUCGGCCUUACACACCGUUGUCUGGCGCGGACAAUACCGGCGAACUGGCUUUGCUGGUCAAGAAGUACGAGACCGGAACUAUGUCCAAGUAUUUCCACGAACUCAAGGUCGGAGACACAGUCGACUUCAAGGGUCCCAUUGGCAAGUUCCCGUACAAGGAGAACGAGUUCGAGGAAGUUGCCCUGAUCGGCGGUGGCAGCGGCAUCACUCCUCUCUACCAGGUCAUGACCCAUGCUCUGUCUAGCAACUCGAACACGACCAAGUUCAAGCUGCUUUUCUCCAACGUCACUGAGGAAGACAUCUUGUUGCGCGAGAACCUGGACGCUCUCGCCAAGAAGUAUCCCCAGAAUCUCGAGGUCGUCUACCUCCUGGACAAGCCCGCUCCCGAAUGGAAAGGUCUUACGGGAUUUAUCAACGCUGACGUGAUCAAGAAAUUCGUGUCGCCUCCGACUGCGAAGACUAUGAUUAUGGUCUGCGGACCUCCCGGCCAGGUGGCUGCGAUUGCUGGAAAGAAGGCAGGGUACCAGCAGGGUGAAUUGGGCGGUGUGCUCAAGGAGCUGGGCUACUCAGCGGAGCAGGUUUUCAAAUUUUAGAUCGCGGAGAAUAAUUUCAGUAGAAGCGUAGUACCAGUGCAAGAUCUGUGUCUGCAGCGAGAUCAAACAAUGUCACGAGAAUUGUGUCACCUUUGGUACCUCCAGGUGCAGCUUCUCAUAGAAUCCGACUGUCGA